CUGUGACGUCACAAUGACUCUGAACAGGAAAUGCUGAGAGAAUCCACAGAAUAGGAACUAAAAGGACUGAGAAUAAUGUGCCAGUGAAAGAGAAGCAUGCAGGCUACAGAGAGAGAUGCGGCGUCGCUGGGUGGCGGAAGCUGGUCGGAGGGAAGCCCCACCAUGACAGAGUCGCGAGCCGAGUCUCCUCAGAGCACUGCCAAGUCACAGACCUUUGACCUGUUCAAUUUAGUGGUUUCCUACAAGAGAAUAGAAAUGUAUCUGGAACCCGUCAGGGAUAUCUGGGACGGAAUCAGAUACCUGUUGCGGUGGCAGAUGCCCAUCUGUUCUUUUUUAACGUGUUUUACACUAAAUAUUUUGCUGCUAACUCUAAACGAAGUUGCAUGGUUCACUGUGUUCGCUCUUCUCAUCUCAAUUCCUGCACUGAUUGGAUAUCUGCAAGAGAUGUCGCAAAUACAUCUCCCCGAACCUGCGCUCGCUCGGAGAAAAUAUUACAGCAUCCGGCGAGAGGAGCUGCAGAAAGUCAAGCUUUCCCGUCAGGAGGCUGUGACGGAGUUCCGCAGCUUCUUGGUUCACCUCGAUGGCAUGUUGCACAUGAUCUGUGGCAGCUGUGAGCAAAUUUACCAAGUCCUGUACUGGCAGAAUCCUUCCACGUCUGUGCGGUUCUAUGGGUUCAUGCUGGGCUCGAUUUGUAUUCUUUAUCUGUUGCCCGUGUGCUGGGUUCUGGCCAUUAUCAACAGCACCUUGUUCAUGAGGAACGCUGACUUUUACAGAGUUGUAGCAGAAUAUAAAGCAUCGUUACAACAGAGAAGCGGCCCAGAAAAUGAUCCCUUAAAACCAUUACAAGAUCCUCAAGAGGUAGACAACGGCACCAUAUCCGAUCGCACGCCUACACCUGUUCCAACAAGCUCCGAGUUUCCCUCCUGCUUGGACAGCCCAGAGUUUGCAAGCCAUAAACUGGACCUCUCGCCUGGGAGUGUAGAAGAGGCAGAGGAAGCAGAGCCUGAUGAAGAAUUUAAAGACGCUAUUGAGGAUCAACAACCGAUGACAUUGGAAGAUGACGAUGUGUCCCAGUGUGCUGUGGAAUACGACCUAAACCUCCAGGACAAUGGAUUUCUCAGUAAAAACGAGGCCAUCAAAAGCAAAGUGUCUAAGCUUACGGAGAAGCUUCGCAAGCGAUAUCCCACCAAUAACUUGGGCACAUGUACCGGAUGCAGCGCCAACUUCUCAGUACUGAAAAAGAGGAGAAGCUGCAGUAACUGCGGGAAUAGCUUCUGUUCGAGGUGCUGCUCUUACAAAGUUCCAAAAUCAGUUAUGGGGGCCACAGCUCCCGAGGCGCAGAGAGAAACCGUGUUUGUGUGCGCUAUUUGCAACCAGGCGUUAAGCAAGUAGGAACUGGAUAAUCCCUGCGGACUCCGAACGCAAAUACCUUUCUCAAUCCUCAAUUAAGAUUAGAAGGUCCUGUAGGAAAUGACGUCCAUGGCGUGAGCGCGCGCUCUAGAGCCCCACGUGUGUGUCUGGAACAUUGCACAUUUUCUGUUUACCUCUCUAGAUGCUCACGGCAGAUGCUCUGGAACCGACUGUUUGGUUUGGUAGCUUUGAAGAUCGCUCUGUGUCUGCCGUCCCUUACAGUACUGACUUCCUACUCUAAAAAUAUCACUUCUCAGUAGGAGACGUACUGAAAGGGUCCCCUCCAUGCCGGGAAGCCCCACGCUACGUUUGUGGGUUUUACGGUGUAUGCAUUUUAUUAAAAAAAAGGAAAAUGCCGUCUCGCACGGAGAACGUUUUAUCUCCAGCAGUUGUAAGGGUGAUAAGAUGCCGCUUAUCUGCAGCCGGCCUUGGAUUCAGGUCUGGAUCGGCAGGCGUUGAAGAACUGAACCUCUGCCACCUUAUGUCAUGGAGUCCAUCAUCCUCGGCUGACGCGUGCGAGAUGCAUCAUCCCUUUUAACAGAUCAGCGGCGGCUCGCUAAUAGCUUCUCGGUAAACCUGCAGCGUAUGCAAGAAGCUCGCAGAUGAAUAGAGGCUGUAUGAGCCGAGGCUGUGAUCUGCCAUUAUUCCAGAUGCCGUCACCGAGGGG